AUCAGGGUUAGAGAGAGAUUAACCACAUGGAGGCCUAUAAAGCUUCAGUGUAAUCCGCACACUGGAGACAAAUUCAGAGCAAACAACUAGUCUACAAGCAGCGUUAACUCACAGUGUUUUGGACCAGACGACCCUCAACAACAACAAGAGAUUUGUCAUAUUUUGGAUUUAUUUCUGGAUUCUUAUAUAUUGGGAGGACUGCUUACAAGUGUACAUCUUUCACCUGCGACUUCAGAGUAGUCCACCACCUCAUCAGCAACACAUAGGUGCAAAAAAGGGGGAAAUCAUGAAGAAGGGAAAGCAGGUGACCGAUGACAACGAGCCCCCCACUUAUCAGGAGGCGACUGCAACCUAUGGCGACAUGGAGGCCCAGUUCGCCUGGGACGACAAGACCAUCAGGCAGACCUUCAUCAGGAAGGUCUACGCCAUCCUCAUGGUUCAGCUGCUCGUGACAGUCGGCAUUGUGGCCCUCUUCUCAUUUUGUGCACCUGUGAGGUUUUUUAUUCAGACUCAUCCAGGCCUGUACAUGGCAUCUUACCUCAUGUUCUUUGCCACCUACAUCGCGCUGUCCUGCUGUGGAGACCUGAGGAGGCAGUUUCCUUGGAACAUCAUUCUGUUGGUCCUCUUUACGUUGAGCAUGGCCUUCAUGAUGGGAUUUGUGUCAAGCUUUUACAACACCAAAUCAGUGGUCCUGUGCUUGGGAAUCACGGCUCUGGUGUGUCUCUCCGUCACCAUCUUCAGCUUCCAGAGCAAGAUUGACGUCACGUCCUGUCAGGGUGUCCUGUUUUCUCUGUGCAUGGUCAUGCUUCUCUGUGCCAUCACUCUCUCCAUCGUUGUCCCUUUCGGAUAUGUCCCCUGGUUACAUGCUCUCUAUGCUGUGGGAGCAUCCAUCCUCUUUACUCUGUUCUUGGCAUUUGACACUCAGUUGCUGUUGGGGAACAAGCGCUACAGUAUAAGUCCAGAGGAAUAUGUUUUUGCCACCCUGAGCCUCUACCUGGACAUCAUCUACCUGUUCAGCUUCCUGCUACAGAUCUUGGGAGGAGGCCGGGAUUAAAGCACU